GAUGUCUGUGCGGUUUAGGAUCGCAGAGCUCAGACCCUUACGGCAAGAUGACAUCGGAAGACAUCUAUAACCUGCCCCUCAACGUGUACGUCAUCAUCCUGGGCAUCGGCCUCUUCAUCUUCAUGCUCAGCCUGAUCUUCUGCUGCUACAUGUUCAGGUGAGGCUUACUUCACGGCAGUGAUCACCUACAUUCUUGGAAAAAAGGGUUAAAAAAAGGUUAUACGGCUGUCCCAACAGGAGAACCCUUUUUGGUUCCAGGUUAUAAAAAACUUUUAGAUCCAGGUGGAACCAUUUUGGGUUCCAUGUAGAAAACUCUGUGGAAAGGGUUCUACAGGCAACCCAAACGGUUCUACCUGGAACCAAAAGGGUUCUAGCUGGAGCCAACAAGGGUUCUCCUAUGGGGACAGCCGGAGAACCCGUUUAGGUUCUAGAUAGCACCAUUUUUUUCUAAGAGUGUAGGGGCUAUAUCAUUAAGCAAGGUCAAUGACUUAUGGGUGUGGUACUCUCAGUAACCCAUAGUCAGCUAUAGCUUCCUUUAUAGACCACAAUGUUAAAGAGUUAUGUUUUUGUCAAUGUUAGCUCAGCUGGCUAAAUUAUUGAUCCUGCUUUGGGAAGUACAACCCUGAGGCAGACACAAUCAGGUAGUACAAUAGGUUUUAAACAACAAUGUGAUUAAUGCUAGGUAUUGAACAACCUCAUGACAUCAUCAGCUGCCAGGCUUUUUGCUAAGACUGUGUUUACACCUGGAGCAAAAUGUGUUUUCUGGCCAAAUCUGAGGCAACAUAUUCUACACUUUCUUGUUGUCCAGAUGAAGAACCAAAAAUACAUACUGAAAUUUGCUCCUGAUCAAGUGCUUUGCAGCUGUAGCACAGCCAAGUGUAGACACAUUGUGACUUGCAUUUGACAUUCAUGUGAAUACUAUAGGGAAAACUGGUCUCCAUGCCAACACAUUGGGCACAAUGAGACAUGAUAUGAUAGAGAGAUGAGAUAUACUGAACAAAAAUAUAAACGCAACAUUUAACAAUUUCAAAUAUUUUGCUGAGUUACAGUUCAUAUAAGGAAAUCAGUCAAUUGAAAUAAAUCAUUUAGGCCCUAAUCUAUGGAUGUCACAACUGGGAAUACAGAUAUGCAUCUGUUGGUCACAGAUACCUUAAAAAAAAGGUAGGUGCGUGGAUCAGAAAACCAGUCAGUAUCUGGUGUGCCCACCAUUUGCAUCAUGCAGCGUGACACAUCUCCUUCAUAUAGAGUUGAUCAAGCUGUUGAUUGUGGCCUGUGGAAUGUUGUCCCACUCCUCUUCAAUAGCUGUGCGAAGUUGCUGGAUACUGGUGGGAACUGGAACACGCUGUCAUACAUGUCGAUUCAGAGCAUCCCAAACAUGCUCAAUGGGUGACAUGUCUGUUGAGUAUGCAGGCCAUGGAAGAACUGGGAUAUUUUCAGCUUCCAGGAAUUGUGUACAGAUCCUUGCGACAUGGGGCCGUGCAUUAUCAUGCUGAAACAUGAGGUGAUUGCGGCGGAUGAAUGGCACGACAAUGGGCCUCAGGAUCUCGUCACGGUAUCUCUGUGCAUUCAAAUUGCCAUCGAUAAAAUGCAAUUGUGUUCGUUGUCCAUAGCUUAUGCCAACCCAUACCAUAACCCCACCACCACCAUGAGGCACUCUGUUCACAACGUUGACAUCAGCAAACUGCUCAGCCACACGACGCCAUACAUGUGGUCUGCGGUUGUGAGGCCGGUUGAACGUACUGCCAAAUUCUCUAAAACGACGUUGCAGGUGGCUUAUGGUAGAGAAACGAGCAUAACAUUUUCUGGCAACAGCUCUGGUGGACAUUCCUGCAGUCAGCAUGCCAAUUGCACGCUCCCUCAAAACUUGAGACAUCUGUAGCAUUGUGUUGUGUGACAAAACUGCACAUUUCAGAGUGGCCUUUUAUUGUCCCCAGCACAAGCUGUACCUGUUUAAUGAUUAUACUAUUUAAUCAGCUUCUUGAUAUGCCACACCUGUCAGGUAGAUGGAUUAUCUUGGCAAAGGAGAAAUGCUCACCAACAGGGAUGUAAACAAAUUUGUGCACUACAUUUGAGAGAAAUAAGCUUUUUGUGGGUUUGGAACAUUUCUGGGAUCUUUUAUUUCAGCUCAUGAAACAUGGGACCAACGCUUUACAUGUUGCGUUUAUAUUUUCAUACCAGAUUAAUCUAAUAUGAAAUUAUUUGGCGUCAAAACACUAUGUGUAUCUGCCAGUGUCAAAAAUAAUGUUUUUAAAUCCCUUUUUAUAAUUCUGUUUCAGGUUAAGGCGACAAGGCACAAGGGAGCAAUACGGAUAUAAUGAGGUAAUUUCAUCUUGUUUGAAUAAACAUUUGUACUGUCAGACAUACAAACACUAAACAAAACUCUUCAAAAAAGUUGUACAUUUCUCAAUUCAUGAUGACUUUGAUCUGCUGCUUCUUGAUUUCUUUGGAUUGGCAGAUGUUGUUGUUGAUGAUAUGUUUAGAAAAUUGAUUUAUAUGGAUUUAUAAAGCUGUUCUUUUGUUUUUAUUUUAUUGUAUAAAAUAGUUCCCUCUGUCAAAUAUAUGCAUCUUUGUUUCUAGGUUGUUUUGAAAGGAGCAGGAAAGAAACUGAGUCUUCUUGGAGUAAGUUGAUUUCAUUGGUCCAGCUAUGCACUUUACAAAUAAGAACAUUUUGUUUCAGCAGGGGGAUAUAAUAUUGGCCUUGGCAUCAGAGGUUUAUGGUGGGGAGUGAGAGAGUUAGUUUUUUGAAGGGGAGUGUAAACGUGAUCUCUUUCCCAUCCUACAGCAGACCUGUGCCGUGUGCUUAGAAGAGUUCAAAAGCAGAGACGAGCUUGGAGUUUGUACCUGCUCACAUGCCUUCCACAAGAAGUAAGUCCCUUCCCACAGUCUUGGCUUUGAUGGCAUGAAGUGAACAGCUGCAGGUAUACUCAGAGGGAAGAGAUCAAAAGCAAUGAAACACUAAAAUUGUAAUGUUAAAAAAUCAUGACAAAGCCCUCCAGGUGUAGUGUCAAAGUGACAGGCAUUUACUGUCUGUGUGACUUUGUCAUUUGACUAUAUGAGCCUGUUUACCCCUAACGCAAGCCAUAUGUCUCUCCCUAGUCCAGGGGUGUCAAACAUACGGCCCGGAAGCCCAUUCAAUCCGGCCCGCGUGUGAUUUGAGUAAAAAAAAUGAGUGUGUAACAAUUGCUGAAAUGAGCAUAGAAAAUUCCUAAAACAAUUGAUAGACAACUUGUAGCAGGUGAUUUGGAAGGAGUCAGGCGCAGGAGGGGUAAAUCACAGAAUAAAUGGUUUAUUCGGCAGAUACAGCGGUACGCAGCAAUGCGUAAAACAACUACAGUGAAGUAAUAACGGCGCACUGGAGAAAACAAAACACACAGGUGAAAAUCCCGGCGAUAAGGUACAUAAAGCUCCACCGAGCUAUCGACACCUCCACAUGAAACAAUCACACACAAAGACAUGGGGGCAGAGGGAAUACUUAUACAGGGACUGAUGAGGGGAUAUGAACCAGGUGUGUGUAAAAACAAGACAAAACAAAUGGAAUGAUGAGAUGAGGAGCGGCAGUAGCUAGAAGGCCGGUGACGACGAAUGCCAAAGCCUACCCGAACAAGGAGAGGAGGCAGCUUCGGAGGAAGUCGUGACAGUACCCUCCCCUUGACGCGCAGCUCCAGCAGCGCGCCGACACCGGCCUCGGGUACGGCCAGGAGGACGGGGAGCAGGGCGAGACGGAUGGCGACGGUGGAAAUUCCGCCUCAGGGAGCGAUCGAGGACAUCCCUCACCGGGACCCGGCACUGCUCCUCCGGACCGUACCCCUCCCACUCCACAAGGUACUGAAGGCCCCCCACCCGACGCCUCAAAUCCAGGAGUACGCCGGGGCCCCCUCGAUGUCCAGAGGGGGCGGAGGGACCUCCCGCACCUCAGACUCCUGGAGCGGACCAGCCACCACCGGCCUGAGGGAGAUACGUGAAACGAGGGGUUAAUACGGUAAUCAGGAGGGAACAGCAACCUAUACGUAACCUCGUUAACUCUCCUCAGGACUUUGAACGGCCCCACAAAACGCGGGCUCAGCUUCCGGCAGGGUAGGCGGAGGGGCAGGUUCUGGGUCGAGAGCCAGACCCGAUCACCCGGUACAAAGACCGUGGCCUCACUGCGGUGAUGGUCAGCGUUGGCUUUCUGGCGACGCACGGAGCGCAGGAGGUGGACGUGGGCGGCGUUCCAGUUGUCCUCUGUAGGAGCUUCGGUCUGGCUCUGAUGCCAUGGUGCCAGGACCGACUGAUACCCUAAAACUCAUUGAAAUGGAGAUAGGUUAGUGGAGGAGUGGUGGAGAGAGUUCUGGGCAUAUUUGGCCCAUGGCAAGAACACGACCACUCCCCCGGCUGGUCCUAGCAGUAGGACCGUAGGAACCUACCCACAUCCUGAUUUACCCGUUCCACCUGCCCAUUAGAUUCGGGGUGAAACCCAGAGGUCAGGCUGACUGAGACCCCCAGACGUUCCAUGAACAUCUUCCAGACCCUAGACGUAAACUGGGGACCCCGGUCAGACACUAUGUCCUCUGGCACCCCGUAUUGCCGGAAGACGUGAGUAAACAGGGCUUCCGCGGUUUGCAGGGCCGUGGGGAGACCGGGCAGAGGAAGGAGGCGGCAGGCUUUAGAAAAGCGGUCCACAUCGACCAGGAUGGUGGUGUUACCCUGAGAGAGGGGAAGAUCAGUUAGGAAGUCAAUCAAUGAGUGGGACCAUGGCCGUUGUGGAACUGGUAAGGGAUGUAACUUAACCAGGUGCCUAGGUGCCUUACUCUGGGCGCAGACCGAGCAGAAGGAGGCAUACACCCUCACAUCCUUAGCCAAGGUAGGCCACCAGUACUUCCCGGUCAGGCAGCGCACUGUACGGCCGAUGCCUGGGUGACCAGAGGAGGAGGACGUGUGUGCCCAAUAGAUAAGACGAUCAUGGACACUAGACGGCACAUACCGCAGCCCAGCUGGGCAUUGAGGUGGAGAUGGCUCUGUGCGUAACGCCCGCUCUAUGUCCAUGUCUACCGCCCACACCACCGGCGCCACAAUGCAGGAGGCCGGGAGUAUGGGGGUGUUGUCUAUGGGCCUCUCCUCUUUGUCGUAAACCUCCGAUAGUAAUUGGCAAAGCCAAUGAAGCCCUGCACCUCCUUUACCGUUUUUGGAGUCGGCCAAUUACGCACGUCUGAAAUGCGGUCUCCCUCCAUCUCCACACCUGAGGUGGUGAUGUGGUAUCCGAGGAAGGAGACAGAUUGUUGGAAGAACAGACUAUUUUCUGCCUUGGCAUAUAGGUCAUGCUCCAACAGUUGGCCCAGCACUCUGCGAACCAGGUACACAUGCUCGGCGCGCGUAGCAGAAUACACCAGAAUGUCAUCGAUGUAGACCACCACACCAUGACCAAGCAUGUCCUGAAACACCUAGUUCACAAAGGACUGGAAGACUGAUGGAGCAUUCAUCAACCUGUACGGCAUCACCAGGUAUUCAUAAUGCCCCGUGGUUGUGCUAAAUGCUGUCUUCCACUCGUCCCCUUCCCGGACAUGCACCAGGUUGUAUGGACUCCUGAGAUCUAAUUUCGUGAAGAAGCGCGCCCCAUGCAUUGAUUCGAUAACAGAGGAGAUGAGGAGUAGAAGGUAACUAUAGCGAAUGGUAGUUUGAUUAAGUGCACGGUAAUCAAUGCAAGGGCGCAGACCUCCGUCUUUCUUCUUCACGAAAAAGAAACUUGAGGAGGCGGGUGAAGUAGAGGGACGUAUGAACCCCUGGCGCAGGGACUCAGAGACGUAUGUCUCCAUAGCCACCGUUUCAGCCUGCGACAGGGGAUGUACAGUGAGGGAAAAAAGUAUUUGAUCCCCUGCUGAUUUUGUACGUUUGCCCACUGACAAAGACGUGAUCAGUCUAUACAUUUAAUGGUAGGUUUAUUUGAACAGUGAGAGACAGAAUAACAACUAAAAAAUCCAGAAAAAAGCAUGUCAAAAAUGUUAUAAAUUGAUUUGCAUUUUAAUGAGGGAAAUAAGUAUUUGACCCCUUUGCAAAACGUGACUUAGUACUUGGUGGCAAAACCCUUGUUGGCAAUCACAGAGGUCAGACGUUUCUUGUAGUUGGCCACCAGGUUUGCACACAUCUCAGGAGGGAUUUUGUCCCACUCCUCUUUGCAGAUCUUCUCCAAGUCAUUAAGGUUUCGAGCCUGAUGUUUGGCAACUCGAACCUUCAGCUCCCUCCAGAGAUUUUCUAUGGGAUUAAGGUCUGGAGACUGGCUAGGCCACUCCAGGACCUUAAUGUGCUUCUUCUUGAGCCACUCCUUUGUUGCCUUGGCCGUGUGUUUUGGGUCAUUGUCAUGCUGGAAUACUCAUCCACGACCCAUUUUCAAUGCCCUGGCUGAGGGAAGGAGGUUCUCACCCAAGAUUUGACGGUACAUGGCCCCGUCCAUCGUCCCUUUGAUGCGGUGAAGUUGUCCUGUCCCCUUAGCAGAAAAACACCCGCAAAGCAUAAUGUUUCCACCUCCAUGUUUGACGGUGGGGAUGGUAUUCUUGGGGUCAUCAUAGGCAGCAUUCCUCCUCCUCCAAACACUGCGAGUUGAGUUGAUGCCAAACAGCUCAAUUUUGGUCUCAUCUGACCACAACACUUUCACCCAGUUCUCCUCUGAAUCAUUCAGAUGUUCAUUGGCAAACUUCAGACGGGCCUGUAUAUGUGCUUUCUUGAGCAGGGGGACCUUGCGGGCGCUGCAGGAUUUCAGUCCUUCACGGCGUAGUGUGUUACCAAUUGUUUUCUUGGUGACUAUGGUCCCAGCUGCCUUGAGAUCAAUGACAAGAUCCUCCCGUGUAGUUCUGGGCUGAUUCCUCACCGUUCUCAUGAUCAUUGCAACUCCACGAGGUGAGAUCUUGCAUGGAGCCCCAGAACGAGGGAGAUUGACAGUUAUAUUGUGUUUCUUCCAUUUGCGAAUAAUCGCACCAACUGUUGUCACCUUCUCACCAAGCAGCUUGGCGAUGGUGUUGUAGCCCAUUCCAGCCUUGUGUAGGUCUACAAUCUUGUCCCUGACAUCCUUGGAGAGCUCUUUGGUCUUGGCCAUGGUGGAGAGUUUGAAAUCUGAUUGAUUGAUUGCUUCUGUGGACAGGUGUCUUUUAUACAGGUAACAAACUGAGAUUAGGAGCACUCCCUUUAAGAGUGUGCUCCUAAUCUUAGCUCGUUACCUGUAUAAAAGACACCUGGGAGCCAGAAAUCUUUCUGAUUGAGAGGGGGUCAAAUACUUAUUUCCCUCAUUAAAAUGCAAAUCAAUUUAUAACAUUUUUGACAUGCGUUUUUCUGGAUUAUUUUGUUGUUAUUCUGUCUCUCACUGUUCAAAUAAACCCAGUGAGAACCCUCUGCGGCCAUGAAAAGGUGGGGUCGUGUAGUGCUAGCCAGGGAAGGCCCAACACAACAGGGAAGUCAGGGGACUCAAUAAUAUAAAAGGUGAUUUGCUCUCUAUGGGUCUCCUGCGUAAUCAUAGUGACUGGUGCUGUAACCUCCCUAACAAAACCUGACCCUAAUGGUCGACUGUCAAGUGCUUUGAUGGGCAAUGGAAUGGACAGGGGAACCAAUGUAAUACGUAGACUAUUAGCUAAAGACCUGUCCAUAAAGUUCCCAGCAGCGCCUGAAUCGACCAGCACCUAACACUGGGGAACUACAGUGUAAUCAGGAAAGUUUACGUGGAUGGUGAAAUGCGCAGCAGAGGGCUCUGAACGAGUGAGGGUUUGUGCUACCUAAGGUGACGCGAGAGUGCCCUGCCUGCCGCCUCCAGACCCAGAUGAACUCUGACGAAGAGGCGAGCGAACUCCCCGUAGUUGUCCAACACGUCUCCUCCUUCACUCCAGACCACGUUGGCCCACUCCAGGGCUUUCCCCGAGAGGCAGGAGACGAGGGCGGACACCUUAUCCCGACCCGAUGGAGCCGGGCUGAUGGUGGUAAAAUAGAGGUCCAACUGCAUGAGGAAACCCUGGCAGCGGGCCGCUGUCCCGUCAUAUUCCCUCGGUCGAGACAGGUGAAUACCUCUGGGCGCUGGGGUGUGGGUGGCUGGAUCCGGUUGCUCGGCUGGUUCCGCAGGGUCGGGUCCUCUCCUCUCCAGGCGCUGGAGGACCUGGAGAACCCGAUCCAUCGCUUCACCCAAGCUGGCUAACAUGUUGGAAUGCUCCCGGACCCGCUCAACGACUCCAUGCUGUUGGGCAUGAGCAUAGAAAAUUCCAAAAACAAUUGAUAGACAACUUGUAGCGGGUGAUUUGGAAGGAGUCAGGCGCAGGAGGGCUAAAUCACAGAAUAAAUAGUUUAUUCGGCAGAUACAGCAGUACGCAGCAAUGUGCAAAACAACUACAGUGCGGUAAUAACGGCGCACUGGAGAAAACAAAACACACAAGUGAAAAUCCAGGCGAUACGGUACAUAAAGCUCCACCGAGCUAUCGACACCUCCACAUGAAACAAUCACACACAAAGACAUGGGGGGCAGAGGGAAUACUUAUACAGGGACUGAUGAGGGGAUAUGAACCAGGUGUGUGUAAAAACAAGACAAAACAAAUGGAAUGAUGAGAUGAGGAGUGGCAGUGGCUAGAAGGCAGAAGCCUGCCCGAACAAGGAGAGGAGGCAGCUUCGGAGGAAGUCGUGACACAACUAUUUCUUUUAAAUUUAGACUGCGAUGAAAUAUAACACAUUUUCAGUGCGGCCUCUUUGAAGACCGAAUGUGGCCCCCGGGGCAAAAUGAGUUUGACACCCCUGCCCUAGUCUAAUGACUUCUCUCACAGGAUAUGUUUGACAUGUUAGUAGCCAAUGGCCUAUAUAAUAAUAUGCAGGGUGGUGUGUACAGUUUAACCUUCCCCUGAAUUGUUAUAUUAUUAACUGUGUACAGUGUUGUUACAAUGUGCAAAUAGUAGAAGUACAAAUGACAAGGGGAAAUAAAUAACCAGAUAAAUAUAGGUUUUAUUUACUUUGGUGUUUGUGCUCCACCAGUUGCCCUUUUCUUAUCGCAACAGGUCACACAUUUUGCUGCGAUGAUUGCACACUGCGGUAUUUCACCUAACAGAUAACGGAGCUUAUCAAUAUUUGAUUUGUUUUCAAAUAAUUUUUGGGUCCUUGUAAUCUGAGGGAAAUAUGUGUGUCUCAUAUUGUCAUACAUUUGGCCGAAGGUUAGGAAGUGUAGCUCAGUUUCCACCACAUUUUGUGGGCAGUGUACACAUAGCCUUUCUUCUCUUGAGAGCCAGGUACUGUCUAUACAUUGCAAAUGUUUUUCUCUGUUUUCUGUCAGUCUGAAUCUAUCUCUCUCUCUCUCUCUCUUUCUUUCUCUCUGUCUCUCUCUCUGUCUGUCUAUAAUAUAAUACCUUCCCCGCUCUGCCCCCACGCAGGUGUCUGUUAAAAUGGCUGGAGAUCCGCAGUGUCUGCCCCAUGUGCAACAAACCCAUCUGCCGUUUGCAGCCAGACCCCCAACAGGGCGCAGAGGGGCCCCAGAGCCCAAUGGAGGUG